UCACACUUGACAACCGAGGAAGCUUUUGAAUUUUGCCCUCCGAUAAUCAAGAAUGAAAUGAUUCAUUCUGAUGAUGUGAUCAACAUUUUAUUAUAAAAUAGAUUCUUGUCCCUAGAUUGGCUUUGUGUGUGCCAACGUCUUCCGACUUGAGAAUGGGUAAUUCAGAUUCUAUUCUCACACCAGAAAAGCUUGAAGAUAUUGAAAAGCAGUCACAUUUUGACGAGAGGGAGAUCAAAUUUCUGCUGAAGACUUAUGCCAAACUGGAUCCCUCCCCCAAUGGCGAGGAUGGCAUCCCCGUGGAAUCUUUUCUCUCCCUCUACAUCUUUGCUGGCAAUGAGCUAGCAAGGAGAGUGGCUAUGAAGCAUGCCACUGGAGCAGACCGUACCAUUCAACCAGAGGGGUUUCUCAUGUGUUUGUCAGUGUUGUGCAAGAAAGCGGAUUAUCGUGAGAAAAGCAAAGCCCUUUUUGAUGCGCUGGACGUAAACAAGGAGGGACUUCUCCGAUUUGAGCAGCUCUUUAGUCUAUACAAAGGCAUGUUUACCCCUGCAUUGACGGAUGAUCAGAUAACAGAGGCUGUGAUUGGUGCAUUGCAGAAGGUCAGAGGUGAACAUCCUGGCACUAUAUCAUACCAAGAAUUUCUAAGGAUGGUAUCACCAUCAGAGCUGAAGAGGAAGAUGACGAUUGAUAUUCCUCUUCCAACCUGAGCAAAGUAAUGUUGCAUAUAGCUUCUUGGUCUGAAGCUCAUAGCAACAACUGCUUCUCAUGUGUUGCUGCUGCUUUUGAUGAUCGUGAUUGUGAUGAUGAAUUAUCACCCGUAUCAGACAUCUGAGCUGGUCA